AUGUCUAGUUUCAAGCAGAUCAACCCUGCGGAUAAGAUUACCGAUCCGCCGACUUCCCCGCGGUCCAUUGUGGCCAUGAACAGGUGUGGGAUAACGCCACCAGACAUACUUUACGUUUCUCGCGAAGAACUAAAGCAUCGCAUUGCAUACAAGAAUCUAACGGAUAAGGAGUUUGUCAUCUACUACGAUAACUAUGAGGCAAUGCGGAAAGAGGCUCUGAGCCAAGCUAUAGCCGAGUACCAGCUAAUUUUAGAGCAAGGAAUUUCGAAGGCCGAGGCUGCGCUUUACCCCCACUUGCGCUUUCCAAACGUUACUUCAGCUCCAUCUACACCGCGAGGGGGGCUUUUGCAGACAUCCACGCAUAACCCGGACGAGCUCAAGGCCAAAAUCAUUGAACGUCAUAUUAAGGAAGUGGAGCUCAAUCUCCGACAGCGCAUUGCUAAGGAAGCACAACAACAGCUUCAACUUGAGGCUGCACAAGAGCAUCGCCUGAAGGCCCAGGAGAUUGAAAAUAGAAUGACUGCUAAGUAUGAGGACGAGGCCAUUAAGUACAUUCUUCAGGAGCAGCACCGCCUUGAGAUCUUUAGUAGCUUUCAGCGCCAGCAGGAGGAAUGCAGGAAACGCUCAUAUGCAAAGACUAUCCAGGAAAUGCAUGCACAUGAUGCUCUGCUCCAGCGUCGUCAGCGUUAUCUCGACGACCAAUCUGUCCGCUCCAAGACGCGCUCGGUUCCUCGAGAGGAGUUCUUGUAUCAACUGGCCCAAGAGCGCAAGGCAGAAGACCGGGCACGCGAGCUUGAGUUCAAGGAGCGACAACUUAUUCGAGAACAAAGGAGCCAGCGUGCACAAGAAAAGAAGCGGCAGGAAGUGGAGAGACUUCAGCAGUCUUUGCGCGAAAAUCAGCUGCGGCACACAAAAGUGUUCAACGAGUAUUGGGAAGACGUUGCUCGUUCCAAAUCAGUGGAUCAUGCGCUAAGGGAGAACCGUCGUCUGGCAGGUGCUAAGCGCGCAUCUACAGAAAAAUUGAAGGAGAACGCCGAACGGAUCAGCGAAACCAGUCAGCGCAUAGAAGUAACGCUGAAGAAUUUCGGAAAGAUAUAUCGUAAUAAGCAAGAUGCAAAGGCGCGCAAACUUGAAGAAGAGGAGCUUCGCUCUAGCAGACACAUCCUUGAGACGUCUGUUAAUGCGCGUCAACGAGCCUUAGAGGACGAACUGCUGAAGGAUCUACGGACAAAGAGGGCGGAGAUGCAUCUUCGGAGGGUUCAGUACGAGAAAGAAAAUGUGCUCUCGAAUAAGGAGUUCAAGGCGAUAAAUUCCAUCAGAGCUCUGAACAUGACAAAGGAGAAGGAAGAGGAGCUUAUGGCCCUUUCAAACAAACUCCACACUCAAAGGCAUAUACUAAAAGGUAGCCAAACAAUUCGUGAUGAUGGCUAUUUGGACAUUCCAGAUGAUCUUAGAAAACUGGCGCCGCCUGAGAGUAUUCUUAAGUGCCACUAUAUGGACGAGGCCAUUGACAUGCUCAAGGGAGAAGAAAGCUUUAAGCGCACCCUUCGGAUGGUGCCCGUUUCAGAAUCGUAUGCUUCAGUCUAUAAAUCGAUAGAUACCGAGCCUCGUAAAAAGAAGCCAACUAAGAGUCAGCAUGUUGCCCGCCACAACAGUAUCAGUGAUUUCAGCAUGGACACGCCAGACAGUGGGCGCCCGUACUAUCAGGUGAAAAACUCGCGCCCACUAAGGUCUAGCUCCAACGGUGAUGGGCUUCUCGUUGAAAGAAGGUCUAAGAGCUUAACAAGGCCGCGGACAGCAUCACGAAGUGGUCCUGCAGCACUAGAUAGUUCCCGGACCGAUUCCACUCCUGGUUCGUCCUACUUGGGAGGCCAUCAUAGUGGAGCUCAAGUAGCAUCUGUACCCCUUCGACCCGGUGACGCUUCACGACCAAAGAAGGCAGCAAAACGUGGCUCGUCCAAGUCGAAAGUCUCCCACAACUCUAUGCGCUCUGCAUCUGACUCCACCAUUGAAACGCCUCAGUGGAGCGAUUCGGUAUCUAGCAACAUCAGCUCCACAAAGAAAAAAGCCACCCGCCUCCGAAGUGAUGACGCUAAUUUGUCGGUCAGCUUGCCUCUCCCUGCAUUGAAGGGCCCCGGGUCAGGGUUGAUUGAAGAAGAGAAGAAGCGCAAUGCUACUGUGCGGCAAUCAAAGAAAGAAAGACCGAGAGAUAGUCAGCGAAAUAAAUCUAAGACAGACACCGAAGCUGCACAGGAUAGCCUUCUGCGGAAUCAAUCCCUGGAGAUAGUCCGCCAACUGAGUCAAUUAACAAAACUUAACAAGCCAGCUAUCAGUAACUUUCCACCACCAGAUGAGCGUCGCGAGUUGCUUGGCAAGCUAACAGGUGCCACUCAGGAACCCGACUAUGAUACUGAGAAUAGAACACAGCAGAUAUACGCUAGCCUCUCCAUCCGUGCAAACGAGGCGGGUAUGGAUCCGAAACAGUUUGAGCAAGACGUGUUACCAGAGCACACCCAGACACGGCACCUGUUUGCUUCACUGGGCAAGUCUAGCACGCCUAACGAUCACAUGGAUGGUGAUCUAAUUCUCACCACAUUUUCCAAAGCUACGCCUGAAGCAACGCAGAUCAACGAUGACACACCCAAAUACUUUGCGCCCGGAAGCAUGACCCUCAUGCAAGAAAGUGCACCGCCAAGCCGCAACAUUGGGGAUGGCAGCACCAAGGACUAUGUGGCCACUCUUGAGUAUCCUAAUGUAAAGGGGAACGACGGACUUCGUCCAGCCGAGCUGUCCACAUACUCGAUUGUCCUGCCUCCCGUGUCCGCAGGCGCAGGGAUUCCUCGGGUGGCUCAGGAGCCACAAUCCCCUCAGCGCGUUGUCAAUUUUGGGAUAGAUGUCACGGCAAGUGAUCUAAAAAUAAGUUCAUUGGAAAAGGUUCCAGAUACAAGUGAGCCGGCAUUUAUCGACGACAGCUUGCCGGCCGAAGAAGCUGCCACAGCCCCGAAUACACGCGAAUCCAUAGGAUACUUUGUCUCCAGCAGCGCAAAUGUCCAUGGUGACAACACAGAUGAGGAAAAUUAA